AUGGAUAACUUUAUGUCAUAUGGAGAAAACUUGGAAGGAAUGAGGGCCUCCUCAUCUACUAAACCUGACAAUGAGGCGACAGAUGCUAAUAAAAAACCUAUGUCAUUUGCUAGUGUUGUCCCGAAGAAAAAGGAUAUGGUAAAAGUGAAUUUCAGGCACUUGGAAGCAAAUGAACAGAUGGAAGGUGUUGACGUUGUUAUAACAAUGUCUUCGGUAAAAGAGGUGAGUGAACGCUAUGCCAACACAUUGUAUGGGUAUUUUCUUGGUAAAAGACUUGCGUUUCCGGUAGUUGAUUAUUUUGCUAGGAAUAAUUGGUCGAAGUAUGUGAUUUCAAAAUUUAUGAUGAAUGCGAAAGGUUUCUCUUUCUUCAAAUUUAAAACUAAGGAAGGCAUGGAUAAGUUACUCAAAGAUGGUCCUUGGUUGAUAAAGAAUGUUCAAAUCAUUUUGAAUGAAUGGUCACCGGCUAUUACGGUAAUGAAAGAGGACAUUAAUACUAUACCGGUGUGGGUUAAAAUCCAUGAUAUUCCAUUGGCAGCAUUUACGGAAGAUGGAUUGAGUUUACUUGCUUCAAAAAUAGACUUGAAGAGGAAUGUUACAAUUGCAGUGCCUGGUUUGAAUGGGAACGGAUACUCUAAGGUUGAUGUUAAAGUAGAAUACGAUUGGGAACCAUCUAGGUGUUUAGCAUGUUGUGUCUUCGGACAUGAGGAGUCUACUUGUCCAAAAAAUCCUAUUCGACAGGAUAAUAAUGAUUCGAAAGAGCAGAAUGAUGGUUAUACUGAAGUUACAAGGAAGAAAGGGAGUCAGCAAGGAAAUAAUAACAAAAAUCAGAAACCCCAGCAAGGAGUCCAGCUUAAAAAUCAAAAACCAAAGAUGGUGUACAGGCCGAUACCUAAGAACAAAUCAAGUGGGGGUGCGACAUCCUCUUCCCAAAUUUGUUUGUCUAAUACCUUUGAUGUUUUGCAAGAUGGAGACGGGAUUAAAACGGCAACUCGGAACCCUAGUAGUAAACCGGACUCUAGUAAUAAGGGUGGUAAGGGUAUUACGGAGGAGGUGUUUCUAGACGAAAAUGAGUUUGAGGUUGAUGAUCUCCUAACAGAAAUUCCAAAAUCUAUGGCUCGGAAAUCAGAUGACAAAAAUCCUGAGGGUGCAAGCACACCCGGUUACGAGGUUUCCAAUGGGGUAGUAUUGCCGCUUGGAAUAUAA